AUCCUUGUUGGGCAUCUAUAAACAGGGGGAUUCUGAUCUGUGACGAGUGCUGUAGUGUUCAUCGAAGUUUGGGGCGUCAUAUCUCUCAAGUGAGACAUCUCAAGCAUACACCAUGGCCUCCAACACUGCUGCAGAUGGUUGAAACACUGUACAAUAAUGGUGCUAACUCCAUAUGGGAACAUUCAUUGCUGGACCCUGCCUCUGUUAUGAGUGGAAGGCGCAAAGCUAGCCCACAGGAUAAAGUGCAUCCCAAUAAAGCAGAAUUCAUUAGAGCUAAAUAUCAAAUGUUAGCAUUUGUUCAUCGCUUGCCAUGCCGUGAAGAUGACAGUGUUACUGCCAAAGAUCUUAGUAAGCAACUCCAUUCCAGUGUAAGGACAGGGAAUCUGGAGACAUGUUUGCGAUUACUCUCCUUAGGAGCUCAAGCCAACUUCUUUCAUCCUGAGAAAGGAAACACCCCGCUCCAUGUUGCUGCUAAGGCAGGGCAGACUUUACAAGCAGAAUUAUUAGCCGUUUAUGGUGCUGAUCCUGGCACGCAAGAUUCCAAUGGGAAAACUCCAGUUGACUAUGCAAGGCAAGGUGGGCAUCAUGAACUGGCAGAGCGCCUGGUGGAAAUUCAGUAUGAACUCACAGACAGGUUAGCUUUCUAUCUCUGUGGCAGGAAACCAGAGCAUAAAAAUGGACAGCACUUUGUUAUACCUCAGAUGGCAGACAGCAGUCUAGAUUUAUCAGAACUUGCAAAAGCAGCGAAGAAGAAGCUUCAAUCUCUAAGCAACCACUUAUUUGAAGAACUUGCCAUGGAUGUGUAUGAUGAAGUUGACAGGAGGGAAACAGACGCAGUUUGGCUUGCUACUCAGAAUCAUAGUACACUUGUGACAGAGACCACAGUGGUCCCUUUUCUUCCCGUAAAUCCUGAAUAUUCCUCAACCAGGAAUCAGGGAAGACAGAAACUGGCUCGAUUUAAUGCCCAUGAAUUUGCUACGCUAGUUAUAGAUAUUUUAAGUGAUGCCAAACGUAGACAACAGGGGAAUCCUCUCACUGGUUCAAAAGAAAAUGUGGAACUGAUACUCAAAUCAAUCAGCAGUCAACAUAGUAGUGAAAGUCAGGAUAAUGACCAGCCUGAUUAUGACAGCGUUGCUUCAGAUGAAGAUACAGAUCUGGAAACAAAUGCAGCUAAAUCAAACAGACAGAAGAGCCUGGAUUCAGACUUGUCAGAUGGACCAGUGACAGCCCAAGAAUAUAUGCAAGUUAAAAAUGCAUUGGUGGCUUCCGAGGUAAAGAUUCAGCAGUUAAUGAAAGUGAACGUCAACUUGAGUGAUGAGCUGCGAAUCAUGCAGAAAAAGCUUCAAACGCUACAGAGUGAGAAUACGAACCUCAGAAGACAGGCCACAACCAAUAUAUAUCAGGUCCAAACUGGUUCUGAAUACACAGACCCUACCAACAAUUCUUCUUUAAAGCGGCGACCAUCUGCACGGGGUAGCAGACCCAUGUCCAUGUAUGAGACUGGAUCAGGUCAGAAACCCUACCUCCCCAUGGGAGAGGUCACAUACCCAGAAGAAAGCAUAACAAGACUGCAGCCUUUCCCUUCACAUAUCGGGAGGAGUGCGUUUGUGACCUCCUCUUCAUCUCUACCUUCCUUCCCCUCCACGCUUUCCUGGUCAAGGGAUGAAAGCACACGAAGGGCCUCGAAGCUGGAGAAGCAGAGCAGCGUGUCUGAGAGCGACUACGACAACCCCACCGCCUCUCUGGAGCUGGAGGAGACAGGAUCAGGCAGGAAAGGCCGGCAGAGGAGUGUCAUUUGGCAGGGGGAGGGAUCCAUCCCUGAAGACGCCGACACAACCCCCAGCUCCAGUUUGCCCAGCACAGAAGACGUGAUUCGGAAAACUGAGCAGAUCACUAAGAAUAUUCAGGAGCUGCUGCGAGCAGCGCAAGAGAACAAGCAUGACAGCUAUAUACCAUGCUCCGAGAGAAUACAUGUGGCAGUAACGGAAAUGGCAGCCUUGUUCCCAAAAAAACCCAAAUCUGAACUGGUAAGGACUUCUUUGCGUCUGCUGACAUCUAGUGCCUACAGACUCCAAUCCGAGUGCAAAAAAACCCUUCCCGUGGAGACCUGCCCUACCACAGACAUCCAGCUGGUCACGCAGCAAGUUAUCCAGUGCGCCUACGACAUCGCCAAGGCUGCUAAACAGCUGGUUACCAUCACAACCAAAGAGAACAACAACUGAGUCACACUUGGCUUUUUAGUCUUGUUUUUUAAAGGUUGAAUUUCAAAUAUAGGUGUGGAACUAUUCAAAUUUUUAUGAAAAAAACUAAAGGGGUAAGAAACUUUUUUUUAAAACUCAGUAUUAUUUUUGCAUGUUUUCUAACAAUUUUAUGAUUAAUUUAACCCACUGCCUUAUUUUGUGCCUGUGUUGCCAGUUUAGUUACAGAUAAUAGCAUGUUGCGAAUAGCUGUUGAGCCAUUAUCACGUACCAGCGUUGUAUCAAGCUCUUGCUAGAUGUUUCCCUGGGGCCACGUUCUGCUUUCAGAUACUGCUUGCAAAAACUGCCGCUGAAGUCAGCUGCACGUAUCGGAGGGCAGAAUCUCGCCUCUGCUCUGUCUGUCCUGGAGUCUCAUGUGCCCUGGUGCCGCUGACUGAGAAACCUGCAGCGAAACAGGCUCUGAAGGCUCCAGGACCGUAACUGCCACCCAGCAGGAAGAAGGUUGUAGUCCCGAUAAUGGAGUACAAGCCGAAUAUUAUCUGUUCCCAUAUCAACUGUUGUGCAAUAAUAUGUUUUUAGUCUGCUAAAACAAUAGUAGUUGUGGGCAUCCGAGCUUAUUACAUGUAACUAUACAAGGUCUUUGUCACUUUAUCUGUUUUGGAAGGAAUUUGAAACUUAAUAGUUAUUUCUUUUAGUUGUCACUAUGCCAUUAAUAUAUAUGUUUGAUGUUACUUUAGGGCAUUAGUGGUUAAAAUAUUAUCCUUUGUUUCUGAUUUAAUAAUUCAUUCUUAAGUUUCCUACAGAAUUUUACUGUCAUCUUCAAGGCACCAUCUUGUUUGCAGCAGCAUUG